AUGACCCAAACGGUGCUAGCCCUUCUGGCCCUGACAUCCUUCGUGACGGCCGGGCUCGCACCAGUCACCAGAAAUAGUACCUGUGCACAAUGGUGUCAACAGCUUAACCUCGACAAGACGUGCAAGCCAUUGGCAGCCAAGGGGCAAGGUCCCUGUUAUACCUGCGGACCUGCCCGAACGGCGGCGAGUCAAGAACUCUGCUCUGGCAUCUGCACGGACACCAGUACGGAUAGCAAAAACUGUGGAUCAUGUGGGGUAGUGUGCCCGACCGGAUCAACCUGCUCCCAGGGCGUGUGCAUCUGCACGAACUCAGGCUUGGGUCUCUGCAACGAAACAUGCCCUUCUUUCGAUUCCGAUAACAAUCACUGCGGGGAAUGUGGCAACGUGCCGCAGACUAUAUAUGCGGUCAGAGACCUCCCGUGGGGUGUAGCAGUGGGCGAUUUCAACCAGGAUGGCCAUCUCGAUCUUGCCGUGUCGAAUGCUGGAAACGAGACCGUAAGCAUCUUGCUCGGGACUGGCUUGGGGACCUUCCAGACUCAGGUCGCCUAUGCUGCUGGCAGCGCGUCUUUUCAGGUCGCCGUUGGGGACUUCAACGGUGACGGUAUUCUGGAUCUGGUUUUGGGCACGGGAGCCAAUACUGUCAGUCUCUUGUUGGGAACCGGACCCGGAAGCUUCCAGCCACCGCUACAAUUCUCCGUUGGGGAUGGCGCCGUGGCCAUCGCGGUCGGGGACUUCAACCAAGACGGCCGUCUGGAUGUGGUGACGGGGAAUCAUGAUGGAGACAGUAUAAGUGUUUUGCUAGGGACUGGCGCAGGGAGCUUCCAGCCCCAGGCUCAAUAUGCCGUGCUGGACACGCCCGACGGUGUGGCUGUCGGUGACUUCAAUCAAGACGGCCAUCUCGAUAUUGUGGCCAGUAACGAGGGCAGCAACGUGGUGAGCAUCUUACUGGGUAACGGCGAUGGAAGCUUCCAGCCGCAAACUGCAGUCCCGGUCGGAUCUGGCCCAUAUGGUGUGACGGUUGCCGAUUUCAACAAGGAUAGCCAGCCGGACUUUGCGGUUACAAACUCCCUGGAUGCCUCAGCGAGCGUCUUGCUUGGGGUGGGAAACGGGACCUUCCAGCCACAGGCUGUGUUCUCCGUGGGAUCCAACCCGAGGGCUAUCACGACGGGUGAUUUCAACCAGGAUGGUGAUCUUGACAUCGCGGUGACGAACAUUGGGGGCUCCUCUGUCAGUAUCUUGCUUGGGACGGGGUCAGGGGACUUCCAUAUACCUGCGACUACAUUUGCAGUGGGCAACAACCCGACUGGAAUAGCGGCGGGCGAUUUCAACGGAGACGGCUACCCCGAUCUCGUUACCACGAACAUACUGGAUGCCACUGUUAGUGUUCUACUCAGGAAGCCCUGUAACACUUGA